AUGGUUCCGGAUGAUGAUACGGAUGAAAGUGACAAGGAGUUACGGGAGGCGUAUGUGUGCAGUCAUCUGGUCAGGCAACCGCUAAUAGAUCCUGAAAGAUUUUCGCGGUUUGAAAAAAUGUUGCGCUCGGUGGCAUAUGUUCAUCACUUUGUGGAUAACCUGCGAACUUCGAAGAAUAAUGAAUCAACGGGUACUGUUGGGAUAACUAGCGUGGAAAUUCGCAAAGCUGAGAGAACGUUGUGGUUGAUCGCGCAAUCUGAAGCGUUUCCGGAUGAAGCUGCUAUCUUAAAGGCGAAUUUAGAACGGAGUGGUGGGGACCAGAAACAAAUUGGAGCUUCUAGCUGUCUACUAAAGCAGUCACCAUUCGCGGACGAAUACGGGGUGUUGAGAGUAGGCAGUAGAGCUGCGGACGCGCAAGUAAUGGCUUACGACUCGAUGUUCCCUAUUAUUCUGCCUAGAAACCACAAAAUUACGGAGCUGCUGCUGGAUUUUUACCACAGGAAUUACAGACAUGCACACGAUGAGACCAUAGUGAAUGAGGUGCGUCAGAAAUUCCAUGUCCCACGGCUGCGAGUGGAAGUACGCCUUAUUAGAAAACGGUGUAUGUGGUGCCGGGUGUACAAGACAACGCCGAUUGCCCCUAAAAUGGGGCCGCUACCUGCGGUACGAUUGGAACCGUAUGUACGGGCGUUCACUUACGUGGGUGUAGACAUCGUUGGUCCGUAUUUGGUGAAGGUCGGACGACGCGUAGUCAAACGAUGGGUGUGUCUUUUCACGUGCCUCACUAUAAGAGCCAUCCACCUAGAGAUAGUAGCCAGUUUAACCACGGAUUCGUGUAAGAAGGCAAUUAGGAGAUUCAUUGCACGACGGGGUUCCCCUCGGGAAAUAUACUCCGACAAUGGCACUAAUUUUGUAGGAGCAAGUCGUGAGCUACAGGACGAAAUCAGCAGGAUUCAUUCUGAAUUGGGUAGUACAUUCACAAAUGCCCAAACCCAGUGGCGUUUCAACCCUCCCGCUGAUCCUCAUAUGGGGGGCUGCUGGGAGAGGAUGGUGCGGACCGUAAAAUCAGCACUUGGAUGCGUUCCAAUAGUGCGGAAGCUAGACGAGGAGUCGCUUGCUUGCUUGAUGGCAGAAGCUGAAAGCAUGGUCAAUUCGCGACCAUUGACGUUUAUCCCGCUGGAAACGGCUGACCAUGAAUCGUUGACGCCCAACCAUUUUUUGCUUCUCAAUUCCAAUGGUGUGAGAGAACCGAAGAAGCUAUCAACAGAUGAAAGAAUGGCAUUGAAAAAUAGUUGGAACAUGGUUAAGCACACGAUGGACAAAUUCUGGCACCGUUGGUUGGUAGAAUACCUCCCAACUAUUAUUAGACGGACGAAGUGGUUUCAAGACGUAAGACAGAUCGAAGUGGGAGACCUGGUGCUUGUGGUGGACGAGAAUAUCCGGAACCGGUGGUUACGUGGACGAGUGAUCCAUACAGUUUCGGGAAAAGACGGAGUAGCACGUAGUGCAGAGGUGAAGACAUCCGUAGGGAUUUUAAAAAGACCUGUUACAAGACUGGCUUUGCUGGACGUGGAAAAAUCGGGUGACACUGAACCGGAAGUUAAGGCAACACGGGGGGGAGACUGUUCGCCGCAAAUGCCCCUCGUAUAG